UACAUUUCCCGGCAUGCCGUGUGAGCGCCGGCGGAAGUUUUCUGUUUUGGCAGCUGCUGAAUGAGAGGCAGUAUGGCAGGACUGUGGCGUGGGUACCAGAAGUUUUUGGGGUUACACCCCUGGAAGGUGCAGAUUCUAACAGCUGGGUCUCUGGUUGGGGUCGGAGAUGUCAUUUCACAGCAGCUGGUUGAGAGGAAAGGCCUGCAACGUCAUGACUUCGAAAGAACCAUGAAAAUGAUGGGGAUUGGAUUUUGUUUUGUGGGCCCUGUGGUUGGCGGCUGGUAUAAAACCCUUGAGUCUCUUGUUCCUGGAAGCAGCAAAUCUGUUGCAUUGAAGAAAAUGCUCUUAGACCAGGGCGGUUUUGCACCAUGCUUCCUUGGUGGGUUUCUGGCGAUAGUUGGUGCUUUGAACGGUCUUUCCAAAGAGGAAAUUUGGAGCAAGGUAAAGAGGGUGCAUCCGGCGGUGGAAAGGGGUCAUCCCGUGGGCACUCUGACCGCUCUGCAGCUACGCAGCCCCACACACGGCAAUCUAUGACGCACUGUGUGUUAUGACACCUUCCUAUCAAGGCCAGUGUUCCGUUUUUCAGCAAUUUGAACUGCAGUAGUGUGUGAUCUGACCAGACGGGCUAGCCUUCGCUCCCAAUGUGCAUCAGUGAGCCUUGGGCACCCAUGACACUGACACUGGUUGUCCUUCCUUGCACCACUUUUGGUAGGUAUUAACCACUACAUACUGGGAACUCCCCACAGACUUGCCGUUUUGGAGAUCCUACUACCCAGUUGUAGCAGACCCUGGGUAAACCGACCGUUUAUCUCCGCUAAUUCCUUUUAUCAGCCGCUCAGGAACCACUUAUAGUAAUAUAAAGAGACUCAUUUCCCCUAGUAACUGGUCGACAGUUCUGAAAGUACAACACCUUUGUAUUGCCACACAUGGCUUUUAUGCAUAGCCCCAUGCAAGGGGUCUUCCACACACAUAAACAGGGGUUAUCGCAGGAUCCUCUAUGCUUGGGGGGUCGCUGUUCCUUUGUCUCCCAAAGCCCGUCACUCAGACGAGGGGGUCUCCCACCCAGGACGACAGGGGGGCUUCAUCCCAGCAGCCUCUGUGCCUGGUAGCCAAGGCGUGGGAAAAGGGACCGUCUCCCAAGCACAAAAAAGCCUGCCAAAUUAGCCAGUGUCUCCACCAACCUCAGGCGACCUCACACUGGCACAUUCUCCAGGCAACAUCCGUUCGCGAGAUUCAUGUGCUGAACCCUGCAAGGCAAGCGCCUCCUUUCGGGGUACGAAUGCUCCCCCUGGU